UUUUUUUUCAGACCCACUCAAUUACAUGAGAAGGUCUGUGUGCUAACCAGGCUAGUCCGAAUCAGCCAUCACUUAUGAAAACACACCUUUUGGUUCCACUUCCGACUCUCUGAUUGAAUGACCUUGUGAGCAGCCUAAAUCCCUGAAUGACCUUGUGAGCAGCCUAAAUCCCAUGCACAUAUCAGGAGUUCACAAAAAAUCGCUGUGUCGCAUUGCUGUUUUUCUCACACUCAAGCUGUUCUUAUGCUGAUAUAACGUUACAAAAUCACACAUCAUAAUGUUGAUUUAACUAAUAACGUUAGGGAUUGUGCUAGCUUGGUAACGUUAGCUAGCUGAAUUCAAGAACAGUGUGCAGGAACCAUCAGAGCUGUGCAAGAACAAGUGGAAUCACCGAAUUAAAAAGAAAUGACACAGUUGACUUCGGAGAACAAAGAAGUGAUGGUGAAAAAUGAGAAGAUAGAAGAGACAAGUGAGAUUACCACUGGUGUGAAGCCCAAGAAGGCCCGAAGCAAAGCUACAGGGAAAACCCAAAAUGGAAGCAAGGCCAAGGCCCAGAAGAAGAUCAAGGGCCAGAGGAGUGAAGAUCCUGACUCUGAAGUAGAUUGCACUAUGCGGCUGACCGUGAAGGAGGAGCCAGACAAUGCAGACUUUGUUACGGAGAAGAGAGGGAAGAAGAGGAAGAGGCUCAAAGAGGAGGAGGAGGAAGAGGAGGCUGGCGAAGGGCCCUCAAAGUCUCACAAGUCGGAUAAGAAAUUAGUGAAGAAAAAGAAGAGAACCGGCGAGGAGGAUGGCGAGGCGGCUUCGGAGAAGAAGAGGAAGAGUGAGGGGAAGCUGAAGAAGCCAAAGAAGGAGCCGAAGGAGUCGUCCGACUUGGACAAAGUGAAGAGGAUCAAGGAGGAGCGUGAGGCCGCUCGAGCCCUGAAGCUCAAACUCAAGGAGGAGGAAGAGCAACAACGCUGGAGAUGGUAGAGAAAGAGAGAGUCUGUGUGU